GUUUUGCCACUCAGUUCACGUGUGACUAGCAAAAGUUAAAGUACGUUCACUGCCGACUCGGUCGGCGACAAAUUAUAGCGAGCGAUAUAUACUAUAUACUGUAUAUCGGAAUCGGCCUGUUAAUAACACUUUUACAAAUUGCUUCUUACAACCGACCGAAAAUCCGAACAGCACAAUGAAUCGGGAAUUACAAUUGAACUCGGGCAUGAAGUGCGCCAAAUACAUGCUCAUCAUAGUGAGCUUUAUGUUUGCGCUGACCGCCAUCCUCCUUAUAAUGGUGGGAACUACGAUCCAGACGAUCUUCGGCGACUUCAGUCUGUUUAUCGAUGGUCACUUCAUGGAUCCUCCGGUACUGCUCGUCGCCAUUGGAACCGUUCUGAUCGCAGUGGCCACUCUGGGAGCUUAUGGCGCCGUCAAGGAGAGUGUGAUGGUCAUUAAUCUGUACGGAGUGUGCCUGUUCCUGGUGUUCAUUCUGGAGGUUUCUGCCGCCAUCGCCGCCUUCAUGAUGCAGUCGCAAGUGAGGGAAAUGUUGGUUCGUACAAUGCACCAGGCCCUGGAGCAAUACGACCACGAUCCCAAAGUGAAAGCUGGAGUGGACUUUAUGCAAACCGGGCUUGAGUGCUGCGGAGUUGACCAGCCGGAGGACUGGAAGGAGUACUUCGCGCCCAACAAGAACUCCACCCUCGGCUCCGACGACGUGGUGGUGCCCAACUCCUGCUGCGGCAAGAUAGACAGGAGCUUCACAUUCGCCGAGGAGGUGACCUGCCAGGAGACUUUCGACUACGGCUGCUUCCGCAAGAUGAACUUCAUCGUGUCGCAGAGUGCCAUGCUGAUUGCCACCGGAGCCACCACGGUGGCCUUCGUCCAGCUGCUGGGCGUCCUCUGUGCCUUCAUGCUGGCCAAGACGCUGCGCCGGAACAAGUCGAUCCGCGAGGCACGCCGCUGGCAGCUGCAACAGAGCCUCGGCGUCCUCAUCUCCGGCGGCAAGAUGGCCCCGCCCCAGAACUCGGCGGUGACUGGCUACCAGCAGCUGGACAAUGGCGACACCUACACGCCCCAGAGCCCCAGUGUUAACUAGGCUUUGCCAUUGCGAUGAAGGCCAUAAAUUUAUACCGUAUAGCACACCCCAAAAAGAUCCCUUUGUACAUGUAACUUUUGAAAUUGUUAACUAAAAACAUAGUUGAACGAAAUAAACGCGGUGGUCCUAGGACCACUUGCUGAAAUAA